GUAUAAAUUAAGGCUCAAUUGAAAGAAAGUUUCAUUCUACUCUCAAAAGUCUUUCUUGUUGGAUAGUAAAAGAAGUUCCAAGAAUAUGAAGCUCAAUAAUACCCUAAUUUUGCUAUCACUUUUAUGUGCAUCUCUUUUUCUUGCUUCAACUUUAGCAGUUGAUGAGAAAUCUCAACAUGAGAAAAAAGCAGCAAAUGAAGGCCAGGCAACUGUUCAAUUAGAUGCUGCAAAACAAAGCCAAGGUGGUUAUGGUGGUGGUGGUCAUGGCGGUUAUGGAGGCGGUGGUGGCCAUGGCGGUUAUGGAGGUGGUGGUCAUGGUGGCGGUGGUCAUGGCGGUGGCGGUUAUGGUGGCGGUGGACAUGGUGGUGGUGGUCAUGGAGGUGGUGGCCAUGGCGGAGGAUGCAGAUACGGGUGUUGCGGCGGAUAUGGGAGAGGAGGAGGCUGCAGGUGUUGCUCUACUGCUCAAGAAGCUCUGGCCUACAUGCAAAAAGAAGCCAAUCGCCCAUAAAUGAAUAACCUAAACAACUUCUGAGUCAAUCUGCUUUUGUAAUAAGUCCAAAUAAAACUACGUUUCUUGAUUUCUAGCUUUUAGCGUAAUGCAGUUGCAUGCAUGUGUACUGGAAAUGAUACAGUAGCAAAUAUGCAAUAAAUAUAUAUCAGUAUUUUAUUCUCUCCA